CGUGGGCUGUGGCAUCCAUGAUUGGGGUAACAUGGAAGAGCCUUGGCGAUCCACUCAUUGGCUCCAUCCGUUCUCAGAAGCUGCAUCGGCAUUCUUCAAUGGCUUCGUCUCCACCCAACCCCUCCCUCUUCUGCUUCCUCCUCCUCUUCCUCUUGACAGCCGCCGCCGCCGCAACCGCAGCAGCAGCAGCGUGGCCAGAAAGCUUGGAGGUCGGCCUCGGUUCGGAGAGGUCGACCCACCUGCGCGUCUACUUCCACGAGGUCUUCCGGGGGCCCAACGUGACGUCGAUCAACGUGGUGAAGGGGAACGGGGACUACCCGAGCAGGUUCGGGAACAUCGACAUGAUCGACGCGGCGCUGCGGACGGACGCCGACGCGAGGUCACGGGUGGUGGGGCGGGCGCAGGGCGUGAGCUUUCACGUGUCACAGGAGGAGGAGGCGCUGUUGAUAGAGUUCGUGCUGCUGUUCACCGGGGGGGAGUACGCCGGGAGCACGCUGACGGUGGUGGGGCGGGUGGACGCGGCGGGCAGGGGGGACAGGGCGGUGGUGGGAGGGACCGGGCGGUUCUUGCUCGCCCGGGGGCACAUGGUCACGCAGGUGCUCACCUCCUCCGUCGACGGGCUCGUCGCCGUGUACGACAUCUAUGUGAUGCAUUACGAGGGCCCUCGCCAAGCUUAGCGUCGUCGUCGUCGCACCGUAGAAGCCUGUAACCGAUUGCUUGCCUGCAGCGUCUCAGGCAUCCACUGCGGCAGCAUUUGACGACUAAAUAAAGUAACCGUUCUCUUCGACA